GUAGCACGAUCGACGAGCGCGGAGCGAGGCUGCGCCAUUGUUGCGCGAGAGGUGCUGCUGGCGAGAGACAGCGCGGUGAAAGAGAGGGCCGCGUCCAGGCCACAAGUUAGUUUUAUUUCGAGGAGCAUUUUCACGACGCCCUGGGUUGGUGAUCGAGAGGAUAGGAAGCUUCUCCGUCGAGGACGCGCGCUGCCUGUGAUAUUUUCGUACCUUAUUAGCGCCGCGCUGAGAAGCGAGAGGGAAAGAUGGAGGACGACCAGCAGUUCUGCCUUAGGUGGAACAACCACCAGAGCACUAUCAUACAGAACUUCGACACACUACUCGAGUCCGGCACCCUAGUUGAUUGCACGCUGGCGGCGGAGGGGAAGUACCUAAAGGCCCACAAAGUCGUCCUCUCCGCCUGCAGUCCGUACUUUGAGGGUCUCUUGAGCGAACACUACGACAAACACCCUGUGUUCAUUCUCAAGGAUGUAAAAUUCAAAGAACUGAAGGCCAUGAUGGACUACAUGUACAGGGGAGAAGUUAAUAUCUCCCAGGAUCAGCUGACGGCAUUGCUGAAGGCUGCCGAGUCACUACAAAUCAAGGGCCUGUCGGACAGCAGGACGGACAAGGGGACCGGUAACACCGGCAACACUACGACCGGGGGCAGCAAAGACAACACAAGGCCAGCGAAAACGGCGAGCUCGACGGCCGCCGCAUCGGCCUCCGCUGCCGCGGUCGACAUUCCACACACGUCUUCCGGUCUUACCAUAGAGAAGAACAGCAAAGUUCCUAGGCAGAGUAUACAGCAGGUCUCCGUUAGUGAUCAGCUAGAGAACUCGGCCAGUCCUCAACUCAGGGGUCACUCAUCCAGGGAAGGAUCACAAAGUCCAACACGUAAAAGAAAGAGGCUGCGAAGGCGAAGUCUCGGUAACGAUGACAAUUCCAUGGAAAACCAUGAGGCAUCAAACUCCAGCGACGUUAACAUGACCGCACCAGCACUCGGUGUCGCGCCUGUUGCAGAAGAGAAAAGCCAAGCCGAUCCUGCGGAUUCGAUCGGCAGGUCAGCCCUCAUGCAACAGUUAACGAAACCGGCGGACGAGAUGCUACAGAUGCCUCUUGAAAAGCCCGAGCCCAGCGAAGAUAUGAUACAGCCAAAGUCUGAGUACCAAGACGACCAGGAGAGCGUAGAAGACCUUACGAACUUCGAUGACGAUAUGAAUGACCUGAACGAAAUGGAACAAGACAACAGUAGGGCGGGCCCCAGUCAUGAUCCUUCCCAACAUGCCGGUAUGCCGUCGUGGCACAUAGCUGGAGACCGAAGCAACGCGAGCGUCGUGGGUGCAGCAGCUGGACCCGGAGCUGGUGAUGAAGUGUUCCUCGCCGCAGCCGAAGCAGCCCAAGCCCAACGCGACUCACAAGGGCUCGUUAGCGAACAAAUGCCACAGAGAAAGAUUGUGGAAGAACACAUGAAGCAAACCGUAAUACUGCGUAAUGCAGAGGAUUUUAUCGAGCCACAAAAUCAACAACAAUCACAAGAAGUAAACCAACAACAGAACGUUCAAUUGCAAGAACAAGUGCUCGUGCCUACACAGGCUGCCGAAUUAUCACAUCCCCAGCAACAAGACCUUUGUCACUCGGUUUUAUACAGGGAUCGCUUGUACAUUCUGCUUCAGCGCCCUCCUCAACAAAUGUAUAAACAAUCAAAUGUUUCUCCGCCACAAAAUUCUAACUCUGCUAAUAACACGCUUCAACAACCUGAUACUUCGAGUGCACAAAGUUCGGAUUCUACUAAGGCAAUUCUUCAACAACUAUCUCAUUUGAGUGCACCGAUAAGCAUGUAUCAACCAUCUCCGCAUUCCCGUGCACCUAUAAACGUGCAACAACUAGCGCCUCAUUUAAGUGUAUCUCCAAAUAUGUAUCAACAACCUUCUUAUCCAAACGCACCUAUAAAUGUGUAUCAAUCAACAUCUCAUCCAAAUUCGCCUAUCAAUAUGCAUCAACAACCUCCUUAUCCAAGUGAAACUAUAAACGUGUAUCAACCAACAACUCAUCGAACUUCGCCUCUUAAUCUGCACCAACCACCUUCUUAUCCAAAUGCAUCUAUAAACAUGCAUCAACCAACAACUCAUCCAACUUCGCCUCUUAAUCUGCAUCAACCACCUUCUUAUCCAAAUGCACCUAUAAACGUGCAUCAACCAACAACUCAUCCAACUUCGCCUCUUAAUCUGCAUCAACCACCUCCUUAUCCAAAUGCACCUAUAAACGUGCAUCAACCAACAACUCAUUCAACUUCGCCUCUUAAUAUGCAUCAACCACCUCCUUAUCCAAAUGCACCUAUAAACGUGCAUCAACCAACAACUCAUUCAACUUCGCCUCUUAAUAUGCAUCAACCACCUCCUUAUCCAAAUGCACCUAUAAACAUGCAUCAACCAGCUACUCAUUCAACUUCGCCUCUCAAUAUGCACCAACCACCUUCUUAUCCUAGUGCACCUAUGAACAUGGAUCAAACGCCACCUCAUCCAAAUUCAACUAUAUUGAACGUGCAACAACCACCUCCUUACCCUAGUACACCUGUUAAUUUGCAACAACAGCCUCAAAAUCUACAAUCGCCCCGGAAUCGACAAUCCCCGUUCAAUGCGCAGCAACAACCACGAUCGUCGCAUGCAGCUAAAUUGAAUUCACCUCGUGCAAGUCAUCAACAAUCCAAGCUUUCACAUUCACCAAGUCAGUCACAGCGGCACACCUAUCCUUCAAAAAAGCAAUAUUCACGUUCAAUUCUUAUAGUAAAUUCAAAUCCUGGCCCUUCACAAUCAUCUCGCAGAGUUGAUCAACGACCCCAAUCGUCGAAUUCGCGUCACUCACAGUCAUCCUAUGAGCACUACGAACAGCCGCACUCGUCGCAUCAGAAUCCGCCUUUGGUUCAACAAUCUCGUUCUUCGCACGAUUAUCAGCAACUGUCGAAUUCUCAGACACAACCACGCCAGCCAAAAAAGUCCGCGCCUAAAACGCGCAAAAAGGGAAAGUCUCGUCAACCUACGAAGAAAUCAAAUCAAACACACCCACUAAGAGAACAACAACCACCUAUGCCUCGAGACUCACGUCCAGCACAACAGCACUCACCUCAAGAUCUACCUCAACAGCUAAUUCAGCAAUUACCUGAUCAGUCACUUCAACAGCCUCAACAGCCACCUCAAGAAUUACCUCAACAACCACCUCAACAGUUACCCCAACAGCCACCUCGACAAGCGGUCGAACCGUUGCCUCCACAACGACCUCCACGUCCAGAUGAACCUUUGAACCACUGUAGCUUUUGCAGCCUACAAUUCGCAACUUUUGACGCAUAUAAAUUUCACUGCAAUAAACGUUGCCCUCAUAAUAAGUGUUACGCCUGCCAAUAUUGCUCCAGUCGAUUUACGCAAUACGUUAGCCUGCGCCGACAUGUGUUGCAAGCCCAUCGUGUUUACCUGCCGCCAGCGAGAACAAAUCGAAAUAAUAAUCAAGCGGAACAGGAGCUUAACGAUAGCGAUUAAAAUGAUUGUAAAAUGUUUUGAUGAUGGCGCUUCAUUUAAAUAACAUAAUUGAAAACUCGAUCAAUGUGAUUUUAAGUAAGAUUUUAACAUGAUAGUACAAAUAAUUCAAUUGAAACCACAAAGUGCCAUGAAUGAAUGGAUAAUGAAUUAUUUUAAAAUACUAAUUGUCCCAAUGAUAUUUAUAGCCAUGCGCCAAUCGAUAAUAUUAUUUCUUUACUUAUAAGUGAUUAUUAAAAUUUUUUCGAAUACUUUUAUAAAAAUUUAGAAAAAAAUGAGAAUCUUUAUACGACUAAAUGAAUAUGAUUAACAUGCGAAAUAUGCCAUGUUGAGGACGACAGAAAAAAAUAUACUACAUGUUAUGAAAUAAUUGUAAGAUAAAUCGAUACAAUACAAGUAAAGCAAUAAAU